CUCCUUCUGCUGAUCACUACCACAUAAAUUUCGGCCCCUGAAAAACAAUACUACUUUGCUUAUUUCUGGCUACCUCAACACUUCCGAGUCUUCUUUCUUACCAACAAUGAACACUUUACUCAUCGCUUUGUCAGUUAUAGGGCAAGCAGCUGCCGACCGGCUGCUGGUGGCUUCAUACGGAAAUGAAACUCAUGCUGGCGCCAUCCAGACGCUCGAAGUACUGCCUAGCACAAGCGCAAAUUCUAGCCAUGCGAUGAAAGUUACCCAAGAGAACCACGAGUGUGGAACUUUGCCUACAUGGUUGGAUGCGUCCCUUGGCCUGGAUAGGAUAGUCUGUCUAGACGAAUCAGCUGCCAAUGCUAGUCUCACAAUGUUGAGCCUUGGUGAUGACGGCAGCCUCCAAAAGGUGUCCAAUACCAGUGUGCUGGGAGGAGCAGUAUCCUCGGCGUCCUACAAUAACAAAUCCGCAUUAGCCCUUGCUCACUACGGACCCGAGCCAGCCAUAUCACUGUUUACUAUCGAUGGGGAAAACAAAUUUUCGUCUUUGCAAAACAUCACCUUCCAGGCGCCUGAGCAAAUCCAUCAAGCGGUCGUCGAUCCUACGGGGCAAUACAUGAUAUUCCCCAGUCUCGGUGCAGAUACAGUCCACGUCUAUUGCAUCGAUCCUGUCAGCCACUUGCUCACAGAGCAUGCGCCACUCAAAUCCAAGCAAGGAUACGGUCCGCGACAUGCAGUUUUCUGGACAGGUUCCAAUUCUACAAAGACGUACCUUUUUGUAGUCCAUGAGAAGAGCAACAAAAUCACUAGUUACGAAGUUUGUUAUCUGGAGCAGGGUGGCCUAGCUUUUACCGAAGUCGACGAGGUCAGCACAUACGGCAAUCAAACCGUCCCACCAGCGACGUUCGCUUCGGAGAUGACGCUCUCGCCUGAUAACAAGUUCUUGAUCGCAGCAAACCGUAACGGCACAGUUUUCAAAGUAGAGAAUUCGGACCCAACCAACAGCACUCAAGUUCCAAGUGAUUCACUUGUGACGUUCAAACCGUCAGCCGACGGGAAGCUAUCGUUUGUCCAGCUUGCAAAAUCAGGGGGAUGGUACCCUCGCCACUUCAGUAUGAACCAGAAUGGAUCGUUGAUUGCGGUCGCAAAUCAACUCAGCAAAAACGUCGACAUCUAUGCCCGUAACCUAGAAACUGGAAUCAUCGAAGACAGCAAAGCGGUGGCAAGAGCUAAUAAUCUCGGGCCCGGCGAUUUGAUGUUCGUGCAGUGGGUGGGGCAACAAUAGAUCAUGAUUGAAAUUCUAUUCAAAGCUCAAGCAGAUGAGCAGUAGACCUGAUAUUUAGCGGGUUACUCCACCC